AUGCCUGAAAGAAAAGAAGUUCACCUCCAAGGCCCCCGCCCCGCCGCCCUCAAGAUCACCAAAGACUCCCACAAGAUCAAAAAGCCACCGCUCCCCCCGCCGCACCCGCCACCGCAUCGGCCUGUCAUCAUUUACACCGUCUCUCCCAAGAUCAUCCACACCGAACCUACCGAGUUCAAGGACUUGGUUCAACGCCUCACCGGCCUCCGACCCUCCUCGUCUAAUGAUGCCCUUGAUCAUCCUACGUCGAUGUCGAUGUCGAUGAAUACGAAUAGUAUAGAUCAAGGAGUUGAGAGAGUCGGUCAUGGGAUAUUAUCACCAACGCCGGGGUUGCUGCCGCCGAUUUCGUCGAAUAUUUUCACUCCACCGCCACAGGCCGCCAUGGCAGCGGCCGCGACUGAUCCUAGUCCUUUUACACAAUUUUUCCAAGACUUUAGCCCUAUAGCUACCAAUCAUUUUUCUUCAUCUCUAGAUUUCUUCCAACAAAACUUCCCUGAUUUCCAUUAA